UAGUGUAGGUAGGUUAAGUAUAAAUACAUGUGGGUAGGUCGUUGACGCCCGGACAUUAAACGUGUACAACAUACUCAGUGGUUUUAAUUACUAAAAGUGCAAAUAACACAAUAAUUGGCGACGAAUCUGAACUCACGUGAACUUUUUACUGUUUUCUGCAUAAAUUGGUGUGUGAAAAGUAAAAUAUAGUAAAAAACCAUAAUGUGUUCGAGUAGUGCAAAUGGAAUGUUCGGGGGUAACCUCACUUUUGACCAUCGGAUACAAGAAUGGGGCAUCUUUAAAAGUAGAUUUAACCAGUUUUGCUUGGCUAAUGAUAUUAAUGAAGAUACUGAUAAGGCUGGAUUAAAACGAAGAGCCCUAUUGCUAACGUCCUUGGUAGAAGAAACAUACCGCGUCGUAAGAGACUUGGCCUCUCCUACAAGCUUGGAAGAUCAAGAGUAUACCGCAUUGUUGACGCUAUUGGAAAAACAUUUUGUUCCAAAGAAAAGCAGUUUUGCCGAAAGGUACAACUUUUACAAAGCAGAACAACGGGCGGGCGAGGAGUUGGCUGAGUGGGCGGCGCGAGUGCGCAGUCUGGCGCAGCACUGCGGCUUCGGGGCGGAGCUACAGACGGCGCUGCGGGACCGCUUCGUGCUGGGUCUCGAAAACGUGAAGGAGAAAGAGAAGCUGUUCUCCGAGAGCAUCAGCAGCCUGACGUUCGACCGCGCGCUGGAGCUGGCGGCGAGCGUGCGGUGCGCGCGCCUGGCGCUGGGCGGCGCCCGGCAGGAGCCCGCGCCGCAGCUGUACGCGCUGCGCCCGGGUGCACAGCGCGCCGCCGCCGCCGCCGCCGCCGGGGCAUCUCAUAGUGAUAGUGCUCGUUGUGAAGUGUGUGGCUAUAAGAGCCAUUCUAAAGAUCAGUGCCGGUUUGUGAAUUUAACGUGCAAAAACUGUCAUAAAAGGGGACACCUAAAACGUAUGUGCAAACUUCGAGUUAAAAGUAACAACUUCAUGGAAACUGUAGACGGCGACAUUGUUGAAGAUCUUACAAACUAAACAAUAUGGUGGACGACGUCUAAUCCAAUUCAGUGUAGGGGACGCUGUACUGGUAAAACAUGUUUAUAAUAAUGGAAACAAAAGUGUGUGGAAAAACGGUACAAUUAAAAGUAAAAUAGGUACCACAGUUUAUAUGGUAUUUAUUCAUGAUUUAGGUGUAACGGUUAAAAAACAUGUUGAUCAGCUGUUAAUGUAUAGAGGUUGUAAACAAACAGAUGAUUGUAGUUAUGACUCAUUAACUUUUUAUGAUUGUAAUGUACCGAGUGCCGAGUCACCACGCGACGAAUUAACAUCAUCAUCAUCAUCAUCAUCAGGUGCUGACAGUAUCUCUGUAGCAGAGGGGGAGGAGAGUGUUGCAAUUCCAACUGACCAGGCUACUCCUGAUGACGAGCCAUUUGAGGACUGCACCUCCGAUAAUGAUGGUGCUGUUACUGAGGGCGAACAGGCACAAGGCAAUGUAGGAAAUAGUUAUCCAGUCCGUGCCACAAGAAAUGUUAAUCCUAGAUAUAAGUUUUGAUUAUGUUUCAUAAUUUAAUUAGUUUUAUACUAUUGGUGGAGGGAUUGUAGUGUAGGUAGGUUAAGUAUAAAUACAUGUGGGUAGGUCGUUGACGCCCGGACAUUAAACGUGUACAACAUA